CUAAACAAGCGUCCGACCAAACGCUUCCUCACGGUGAAACAGACUUCAGAGGCGAAUUUAGACAAAUAUAACUUGAAGUUGGAUUAAAGCGACUCGGACCAGAAGCAAAGGUCUUUUACAGGAGACCUGCCCGUGAGCUUUAUGUGAGAGCAUCGAGCCGGAGAGACGCGGGUCACAGACGGACGGAGGACGGACAGAUCGGGAGCUGCGGAGCCGAGCUCGGAUCCCGGACCUGUUCCUUUGUUUAUAAACUCAGUCACGGGGAAUAAACUUUAAACAUCGAUUGGGACUUUUUCUCCUCACUUGCGUUGGUGUACUCGGUCACACGCUGAAUCAUGGAGGCCAUUGCCAAGUAUGAUUUUAAAGCGACUGCUGAUGAUGAGCUGAGUUUUAAACGCGGAGAGAUUCUGAAGGUAUUAAAUGAAGAAUGUGACCAGAACUGGUAUAAAGCAGAGCUGAAUGGCAAAGACGGUUUUAUCCCAAAGAAUUACAUAGAAAUGAAAGCACAUCCGUGGUUCUUUGGAAGGAUUCCUCGGGCGAGAGCAGAGGAGUUGUUAAACAAACAGCGGCACGACGGAGCUUUUCUUAUUAGAGAGAGUGAGAGCGCACCUGGAGACUUCUCACUGUCUGUCAAGUUUGGUAAUGACGUUCAGCACUUCAAGGUGUUGCGUGAUGGUGCAGGAAAGUACUUUCUGUGGGUGGUCAAAUUUAACUCGCUCAACGAGCUGGUGGAUUAUCAUCGCUCCACCUCAGUCUCUCGAAACCAACAGAUUUUUCUACGAGACAUCGAGCAGGUGUCACAGCACCCCACAUAUGUGCAGGCUCUGUUCGACUUCGAUCCUCAGGAAGACGGUGAACUGGGAUUCCGCCGCGGUGAUUUCAUCCAGGUCUUGGACAACUCCGACCCCAACUGGUGGAAGGGUGCGUGCCACGGCCAGACGGGCAUGUUCCCACGCAAUUACGUCACGCCGGUUAAUCGGAACAUGUAAACUAGGAGGAGAAAAAAGGUCCCGUCUGUCCACAUACACACACACACUCGCACUCAAAUCAACCUAAAUGUUUCCACCCCCCUCCAACACCCUGUGAUAUGCAGAGUGGAAAUGGAAAAAUAUGUGGAGAUUUUUAUCAGUCCAGUGACGAGGGCAAAAUCAACGCUGAUCCUGAGAAUGAUUAAUCGUAUCACUAUGAACGCUUGCAGCCAGGGUCUGAAAAGUCCAAGCUUAGUGCAGCACCACACAAAUUACCACCACAACGAUCCUGUCUGUGAUUUCUCCCUGCUCCGUCUGCCUCUUUCCUUUUCUCUUUUUCACCCCUCUUUUUAUUGUACCACAUUUUCUAUUCAAUAAUUUUCAGCUGCAUGUUCUAAUCAUUUUGUAACAGUAAAUUCUAAGGCCAUUGUGAGGAUGAAAAUGUACAAAAAAUAUAUGCGUGCAACUUGAAAAAGUGACAAAUGAUGCUAAUGAGUUUUCAGGUCUAAAAUAGACACAAGAACAUUGUACAUCGAUUUUUGGCUGUGUAAAAAAAUCACCUAUAGAGAGAAUCCAUUUUUUAAGAAUAUAUAUAUAUUAUAUAUUUGUAUGUGUUUGUCUGUUUUAUCUUUCCACAUUUUUUUUCAGUUGUAAAUGAUGUUCAGUUGUAUUGGAUGGAACGAAGUAGCUUAGAGACAUGCUGAAUUAUCAGUAUCAUUUUUAUAAAUUAUAAUCGCAGAUUGUUCAGAGACUUCAGCAUGCUAUUUAAUUUACCAUGUAUUUCAUUAAAAACAACUUCAGUUUUUGAACUACGUUUUCUUGAACGAGACCAUGUAUCGCCAGGAAUUGUUUUAACAGCGUGCAGACGAGACGUUUAUCCUGCAGGAGUUUGUCGAAUGUGAAAUUUGAAGUUGUGUUUCGGGGCCAGACACCAUUCGAAGCCAGGAUUUGUAUUGCAACCACUUCUUUUCUCUGGCCGUAAAUGUAGCUGAGUUUUCCUUACAGAUGAGCAUGAGGGAAGUUCUGAACCACAUCACUGCUGGAGAAUUUAGUCACAUUUAUUCCGUGUCAAACCCAGGUUACUCUUCUUAUUAUGCACCUGUGUGUGUACACAUUUUAACCAGAAGAUUCAAACUUCAGAUUUCAGAUCUGAUCUGUCAUGAUGUAUUUUUGCCAGUAUUUAAACUGGCACCAUUAAUACCAGUAUGAGAAACCAUAAAAAGUUGUUGUUUGUGAAUAGUAAAUAUAUCAACAGUUUUUUGUUUUUUUUCUCCCCUGUAUUUUUUUCAUGUUUUGAGCACUUUUGUUUCAGCCAUUUAGCUUUUUUAUGUCAUUUGUGAUUUUUUUUCUUUCCCAUCAUUUGUUGUGUAAAUUGUCAUUUGAUUGUUUUGUUCUCUCUGGAUUAGUGCCUUUUUCCCCUGUGUGUCAGUGUCUCCGGCCUACUGCUUUGGUCCUUGUGUUGGCUUCCAUCAGUCCUGCAGUGAGUGUUGAGUGUUGAGUUCCUGCAUCCAACCCUACCGACCAACCCACCCACCCACACACUGCCCAGUCAGUAAUUGCAACCGUGUCAACAUGGAACUAGUCCUUACUAUUUAAAUGUCUCGCCUUACCUAAUGAAUCUUAAGGUUUUGGCUGUUUCUUAUUUUUGAGGCUCUUUUUUUAAUUUGCUUUUUUUUUUUCAAUUAAUAAAAAUAAAAUUCUAAAAAUA